AGGUAGUAUCGACAUAUAUGUAUGAAUCAAUCGUUUUCAACUGAGUGAAAUAAAAAAAAAAAUGGUGAAGUUAGAGGAAGCUAUUAUUUGCUUCCAUUUUUCGUCUUCAUUCUCAGUAUAACUUUUUUCAACUAUUUUCUUUUUUUUUUAUUAAUUUUUUCUUAUUUUACUCAAGAUCUGUGUUUAUUGAGCUCUCUUGAAGAAGACUAAUCUCGGCUGGUUGAAGAAUGUGUAGUGGCCCUGAACAGAAAAAUUCUGCUUCGUCGUCUACCGCUUCAAUAACAACAGAAGAUCAAGAAUCUACUAAUAAAAUGGUGAUGAGUCCACUAACCGUUGAGACUGAAGAUUCUUUUUCCAGUUUACUUGAAUACGCAGCUAAUAAUGACUUUGAGGGUUUUAAACGAUCAAUCGAGAAAGAUCCUUCACCAAUAGAUGAAGUUGGACUUUGGUAUGUUCGCAAGAAGGGUUCUAAGCAGAUAGUCCUUGAACAUCGGACUCCGUUAAUGGUUGCUUCUACUUAUGGAAGCGUAAGUGUUUUGAAGUUGAUAAUUUCACAGCCGAAAGUAGAUGUGAAUUUUGCUUGUGGCCCGGAUAAGUGCACUGCCCUUCAUUGUGCGGCCUCUGGUGGUUCUCUUGAUGCCGUUGAAGCGGUUAGGUUGCUUUUGUCUGUUGGUGCUGACCCAAACAUUGAAGAUGCAAAUGGGCACCGACCUGUUGAUGUGAUAGUUGUACCUCCUAAACUAUCUGGGGUUCGGGCUUCUCUAGAAGAACUUCUUGUGAACAGCUCUUCUGAUGGAUUGGUUAAUGAAUGCAAGCUGACUGUAUCUGUGGCUACGUCAAACUCGUGGUCCCCAACCCUAUCGUCUUCUCCCGAUGAUGGUUCUCCAUGUUCUCCUUCAGAGCUUGUCUCUUCCCCAAUGAUGUCGAAGUUUAAUGACCUGUCACUGAACUCUACAGAGAAGAAAGAGUAUCCAAUUGACCCUUCAUUGCCUGACAUAAAAAACAGCAUAUAUUCUACUGAUGAGUUCCGGAUGUUUUCAUUUAAGGUCCGUCCUUGUUCACGGGCCUAUUCUCAUGAUUGGACCGAAUGCCCAUUUGUUCACCCUGGUGAAAAUGCACGCAGAAGGGACCCGAGGAAGUACCAUUAUAGCUGUGUCCCGUGCCCUGAUUUUCGGAAGGGAGCUUGUAGGCGCGGUGAUAUGUGUGAGUAUGCUCAUGGUGUUUUUGAAUGCUGGCUCCAUCCAGCUCAGUACCGUACACGUUUAUGCAAAGAUGGUACUAGUUGUGCUAGACGGGUUUGCUUUUUUGCUCAUCUGCCUGAGGAGCUGAGGCCACUGUACGUCUCUACCGGUUCAGCAGUCCCGUCUCCUAGGUCAGCUGCUGCUAAUGCUAGUGUCAUGGACAUGGCUGCAGCUUUGAACCUUCUUCCCGGUUCACCCUCAUCUGUCUCGGUUAUGUCUCCUGGCUUUAACCAACAAAUGUCUCCAAACGGUGGGUCACUCUCUUCUGGUGCUUGGCCACAGCAAAAUGUCCCGACCCUUCAUCUUCCUGGAAGUAGUCUCCAGUCAAGCCGGCUCAGAUCUUCACUUAGUGCCCGGGAUAUUCCACCAGAUGAGUUGAGCAUGUUGCAGGAUUUCGAGUCUCAACAAAUGCUAAACGAUUUGGCCUGUUUCUCACAAUCUCGACCUGGUUCACUCUCUUUGAACCGAUCGUCCCGGUCCAAAACAUUGGCUCCAGCAAAUCUUGAAGAUCUAUUUUCGGCUGAGUUGGCUUCUUCACCGCGGUACUCUGACCAGGCGGCAUCUUCUGGUGUCUUUUCACCAUCACACAAGUCGGCUGUUCUGAAUCAGUUUCAGCAGCAACAAAGCAUGCUUUCUCCCAUAAACACGAAUGUGUUCUCACCAAAGAAUGUUGAUCAUGCCUUAUUACAGGCUUCUUUUGGUGUGUCAUCACCGGGAAGGAUGUCUCCUAGAAGUAUGGAUCCAAUAUCUCCAAUGGGUGCCCGGCUUUCUGCUUUUGCACAGCGCGAGAAGCAGCAUCAACAGCUACGAAGUCUCAGCUCAAGGGAGCUAGGAACAAACUUUGGUACAAACAGUCCUUUUAAUGUUGGAUCACCUGUGAAUAAUGUUUCGUCUUCUUGGUCUAAAUGGGGAUCUCCAACUGGGAAAGUAGAUUGGUCAGUUAAUGCAGAGGAAUUUGGGAAGUUGAAGAGGUCGUCUUCUUUUGAGCUCAAUAACAAUGGUGCGGAGGAACCCGAUUUAUCAUGGGUGCAAUCUCUUGUGAAGGAAUCACCACCCGAGAUGAUGAAAAACAAGCCGGCUGCACCACCUUCUGGUAGUGGUGUUGCGGCUGCGCCAUCCGGUGAAGGUCAUUCACAUGGUGAAUCAACCGAUCAUUCAGUAUUAGGUGCAUGGCUUGAGCAGAUGCAACUUGAUCAGCUCGUAGCUUAAGCAAAGAGAUGAAUUCUUAUUCAUUUUUCACUUAGAUGUUGACGAAACAAAAACUCAUUUCUAGAUUUAAGUAUAUAUUCUUUUGGGCCGUUCCUUGGUUCAUGCGGUUUGGUAUAACAGUGGGCUGAAAUGUUUCUGUGGAAAAAAAAACAUGUUCAAAUUUUAUAUUCUUUUGGGUUCAAAGAUAAUUUGAAAGGUUCAUCUAAUGGCGAAAAAGCAGAAGAAUGGAGAAGAAUGCAAGGCCUACAAGAUAUGGGUAUUGUUUCUUCCUACUCUGUUAUUUCAUAAUUCUAGCAUUACAUUUCAUUACAAUUUUUAUAUGUUUCAUUUGUGUUGAAACAAUUUUCAAUGUUCUUUAUUAUUUCCUUUUGGCUAAACUGAGUACUGAUCCCGAACGAUGUUAUUGGUGGAUACAGUUUGUGCUACUUAAAUUGUGGCUCUUUUGGUCAAAUGUGGCACAAAUAAUCCAACUUUUUAUUAUGUAAUACAUGUUAUUAUAGCUACUAUUUCGCCAUUUUCAUUUAUGUUUAUUCUCUUCUUUUGUUC